UCUCGUACAUAGAGCUGUUUUAGCGUCGUCAAUGGGAAGUGCACGCCAAGGUGGAAAAGCGAAUACUGUCUAGCUAACUUCCAUUUACAACAUGGGUUCUACGUCGAUUCCGUGUUUGUGGAUUACAUUUUUCCUUCAUUUAUGUAGUUUGAUGAACACUGGAAAAGCGCAGAAUGCGAAAGAAGUGAUUCUGUUGGAUUCCAAGGCACAGCAGACAGAGCUGGAGUGGAUAUCUUCUCCUCCUGGUGGGUGGGAAGAGAUCAGCGGGUUGGAUGAAAACUACACCCCCAUUCGCACAUACCAGGUUUGUCAGGUCAUGGAGCCCAAUCAGAACAACUGGCUUCGGACUAGCUGGAUAGAGAAGGGCGAUGCCCAGAGGAUUUUUGUGGAACUGAAGUUCACGUUGAGGGAUUGUAACAGUCUACCCGGUGUGGUGGGCACGUGCAAGGAGACAUUCAACUUGUAUUACCAGGAAACCGAUUCGGAGGUCGGCAGGAAUAUACGAGAGAACCAGUACGUGAAAAUUGACACAAUCGCAGCAGAUGAGAGCUUUACUCAGGGGGACCUGGGAGAGAGGAAGAUGAAGCUGAAUACAGAAGUGCGCAUCAUUGGGCCGCUGUCCAGACGAGGGUUUUACCUGGCCUUCCAGGAUGUAGGGGCAUGCAUCGCUCUGGUCUCUGUCAAAGUUUAUUACAAGAAGUGCUGGUCCAUCAUUGAGAACCUGGCCACUUUCCCAGACACUGUUACGGGAUCAGAAUUCUCCUCUCUGGUCGAGGUCGAGGGCAUGUGUGUCAGUGACGCCGAGGAGGAGGCCGAUAACGCUCCCAAGAUGCACUGCAGCGCAGAGGGAGAAUGGCUGGUGCCUAUAGGGAAAUGUAUAUGCAAAGCUGGAUUUCAUCAGAAGGGCGAUGCAUGUGAACCAUGUGGCCGUGGGUUCUACAAGUCCUCGUCCCAGGACCUGCAGUGUUCGCGCUGCCCAGCACACAGCUACAAUGACCGGGAGGGCUUGUGGCGCUGCGACUGUGAGGACGGCUACUACCGGGCGCACUCAGACCCACCCUCUGUGGCCUGCACAAGACCUCCCUCGGCACCACAGAACCUGGUUUACAACAUCAACCAGACCACCGUCAGCCUGGAGUGGAGCCCGCCGGCCGACAUGGGCGGUCGCAACGACGUCACCUACAGGAUUAUGUGCCGGCGCUGUAGCUGGGAGCCCGAGGAGUGCGUGCCGUGCGGGGGGAACGUGGGAUACUCCCCCCAGCAGGCGGAAUUAGUGGACACCUACGUAAAUGUGGUGGACCUACUGGCCCACGCCAACUACACCUUUGAGGUGGAGGCCGUCAACGGGGUCUCUGACCUCAGCCGCACCCAGAGGCUGUUUGCCGCAGUCAGCGUCGCCACCAGUCAAGCAGGUAGGCUCGUAGAGUUACAGUAUUCAGUUUAGUUUAAUUGCCUAGAACACUGAGAGAAAGUAGAGCUGAACAAUAUUCCUCUGCUGUGGGCUGGUGUGGGC